AUGACUCCAGCAAUAAACAAUACAGCCAGAAAACUUCAGGAGAGCCGCGGGCUGAGAGCCAGAGCUCCAGUUGCCGCUCAGUUUGAAGACUGUUUUCAGGCCUUCGUUCAGCUUUACGAUUCUCUGCAAGCCAACUCCUGCAACUUCGAUUCCACACCCAGUCUCCCUCCCGAGAACGGCGCCGACGAAAUCCCCCUUCAUGAACGUGCCGAGUAUUGCAGAAGAACUUUCAGCGCAUGGGGUAACGACAGCGGGGCGUCAUCGCGCGCGUUGGACCAUGCAUUGAAGGAAUCCCCGUCGUUGAUGCAGCAGACGUUGUACCUCCUCGGCGAGCUGUCAACAACUUUGGAACGAACAAAAGCGAGAGUUCUGCAGAUUGAGAACGACAGGAUCCUCAGUGGCAGAGUCGUGGCAGACGACCAAGACGCAGAAACCAGCACUGAAGCGUACCUUGAUGAGAUUCAAGAUAUUCUCACAUGUCUGCUCGAGCUUCUCCCGGUCCUGCGAUAUCCAAUGGUGGAAGAAACCGGCCAGGAACUUCUUCAAAUUUACGAUCCAGCACUUUACCCUGAAAGAAUGUAUCGAGACGUCGCAAGGACGAUGUUCCCUCAUGCGCCUGAUUAUUUGUGGAAUCGUCUCGCCCAGAACAAUAUACGGGCAAGAAAGAGGCUAGGGAAGUUGCGGUGCAGAAGCAAGGGCCUGAUGACGCAUGCAGACCAUAAACAGCAGACCAACAGUCUCAUGUUAUCACGGGCUGAGUAUCCUCUCUAUCCACGGGGUACCUUUAGAUCGCCUUACUCAUUCUCGUCAUCUUCGAACUUUGCUGCAACCGAAUCCGAUGGUGAGCUGACCGUGAAGGGGCCGCAUGCCUAUUAUGAGAAUUCAGGUGCCUCUGAUAUGGAUGCGUCGUCUAUGACCUCCACCAUGGAAUCGCAGCCACAUGUGCUGCAACAGCAAAUUCUCAACCAUAGGCUCCCAGACAAUCCGUCUCGCCAUGGGGACUACGGAAAAGCCGAAUGUCCUCUUUGCCAUUUUGACUUGCCAAUGGCAGAUAUUUCUGGAGACCUGAACGACAAGGAAUGGGCCGCUCAUGCAUAUCUCGAUCUGAGACCAUACGUGUGCACCUCUGAUCAGUGUGCACUCGAUAACAUACCCUUCGGCGACAAGGAUAUGUGGUUCCAGCACGAGAUGGACUUCCAUCGUUCUAAGAUGGAAUGGUCUUGUGUCUACUGUUCUGUUGCUUUUAGAGACGAAAAAGAAUUCGAGGAUCACCUUCUUUCAGCCCACGGCGGUCAUGCAGCUUUGAACAACACUUCUCUCCUGAUCGAUAGUUGCAAACGCUAUUCGGCCAUUCUCGCCUCCGUUCACAUUUGUGAUAUUUGUCUUGGGCAAUAUAACAACAUCAAUUCUCUGAAAAAUUGUCUUGCCGGCCACUUGGAGACGUUUGCGCGCGCUACCACACUUGGUAUAGACCAGAUUGGGGCUGAGCAAAACGACUAUGUAAAGAGAUUUAUCGCAGAACAGCGCAAGAUCCAUGAAAGCAGCGAUUUGGGAAUCGAUAAUGCUCUCUUCAAUUCCAGCUUGUCUGCAGACGACAAUGAAAGCAAAGUGGCAUUGUUCGUCAAAAAUCAGCAGCACAACGCCGCGAUGCUACGCUGUAACGUCCCCAAUCGUGACCACCAGUUCUUUGGCAGACAUGACAGCUUGUCGUCUGCACAUCUCACUUUGUCAACACUAAACAGGAUGUGUACAAUCACUGGCCGUCCUGGUAUAGGAAAGACGGCCGCUGCUAUUGAGUACUCAUACAAGUACGAGUCUGCAUACUCAUACACCUUCUGGGUUGAGGCUGAAAAUGAGGGCCGGCGUGCCGAAACAUACGGAAUGAUUGCUGCAAGCCUCAAGUUGGACAAGAAUGCAAUUCCGGACGAGAACUCCCGGACGUAUAUCAUCAGAGACGCUUUGACAAAUACGGACAAAGAAUGGCUACUCAUCUUCGACAAUGCUACCAGUUGGAAUGACAUAGCUCGAUAUAUUCCACCAAACCUGGCAGCCACAAAGGGUUCUGUACUCAUUACUACCCGCGACGAUAAUGCGCUAUCUAUUCCGGUCCGGUUUCAUCACAAGUCUGUAAGCCUAGACGCCUUGCCGUUGGAAGAUGCAUGCAGGUGCCUUCUUUCUGCCCUUCGUCCGGGACUGGGUGGAGAAAUGUUGGAGUACCAUCCAAACUACCAGCUAGCAACAAAAGUAGUUGAAGUCGUAAAAAGGCUCCCACUGGCAAUCACCAUUGUUGUGGGCUAUGUCAACAUGUCACGAUGUACGCUGGAUGAGUUCCUUGAGAUGUGGGAGGAAAAUGAUUCCCGGAUGAGGAAGAAAAGAGAGGCGCCAAAGUUGUUCGAUGAAACUGUAGAGGUUUACGGCACAAUCGAUGCUCUGUGGGAGAUCGGAAUUCGAGAAGUCGACAGGAACAGCAGGCGCCUCCUGGACAUCAUGUCGUUUCUAGAUUCAGAAGGCACGCCGAAAACCCUUCUGAUUGGUGAUCACAAAGAAGAGUUUCUCGAAUUUUUGCAUGAGUCCGAAACCAUAAGUUUCAAAAGAAUGAUCAAACAGCUGAGCGGCCGUCGGCUGAUUCACGUGAAACGGUCUGGGGAUGAUGAACCGAGCUACGGUAUACACAGGCUUCUCCAAAAGCAAAUCCACCUUGAUAUGAAUGAUUACAGCUUCGCCGACUCUUUCCGGAAAGCUUUUCAUCUGUUGCGCAAGCGGUUUCCCCGGGCAGACCCAGCCCAAAUCCCUCGACCAGCAACCUGGGUCAUCUGCGAGCAGUACAUGCGCCAUGUGUCGAGCUUUCAUCGCACAUUCAUGAAGAACUCCCACAGAACUACAAUCGAUAAGCUCAAGACAUUAGAACUAGCUGAGCUAUUCUAUGAUGCCGGGUUUUAUGUCUGGUCUCGCCAAACUACUGGCUACAACGGCCUGGAUUUUUUGGCGAGCGCGGAAGCCAUUCUCAAUGACAACAACUUUGAGGCCGACGAAAUGCUCCGUGCAAACAUCCACUGCAUGACGGGACUCCUACUCCUGAAUAUCGGGGUCAUGGGUCGUAGGAAGGGUACCGAGCGCCUCCAAGAGGCCAGAAGAAUUCGCAGAAUCAUCUUCAAGAAAGACCCCACCCGGCAAAAAGAUGUCAUGUACAGAAAUGCGACGAAUGACUACGCUCUCUGUCUUCUCAACAAGCACCAGUUCGACGAGGCAGGAAGACUUUUCAGAGCGUGCUUCGAGAGAUACCAAGUUUGGGGUAGUGAGAAGGACAACCCUUUUGAGUAUUCAAAAUACUACGGCAACUACAGUGUGAUUCUCAUGUGGCAGGGAAAGACUCAGGAAGCGAUCGAUUCUAUGAAGAGAUGCAUGGAGUACACUGAAAAGUUCAGCGGUAGGAAGGCGCAAUAUUACCGCCGCCAGUUCAUGCUUGCCUGCCUUCUACUCCAGCAUGGAGAUGAGCAAGGCGCACUUGACAUGCAUCUUACAACUCUCAAGGCUCGGCUUGAGUUGCACGGAAAACUUCAUGAAUUCACCAUGGAUAGCACGUAUGCGGUCGGUCACACUUGUAUUGAAUGCGCAAAGAAUUCCAAAUGGCCCGAAGAAGCCCUUGGCAGGGCAAAGCUUAACCUGGCCGAGCUGUACGAAAAGGAGGGAAUUGGAGGAGCAAAUCAAAUACAGGCGUUGCGAGUGGAAGCAAAGGUGGUCUCGGACAAAUACUCGCAGUACACUGCGAGACAAACUGGUACAAACGACGAGUAG